GAAGCUGGGAGAAGGGAUGAUUGCAACACAAAAGAGCAAGGGAAUAUGGGAGGCAGAAGAAAAUAAUCUCACCUUGGAAGUCUCCCUGUUGUACCCACAGAGCUGAGCUGUGCUGGCCGCACCUUGCCUUUCAGUGCAAGGGCAGCGAGUGCUCUCUGACUCAAGCAGGAGAGUGCUCACAUUGCUUUGCAAGCCAAGCUGAAGGAAAGGAAUUUGCUCUGCUGUGCUGGGAAGGCUUUGAGAGACUCGUCUUACAUCCGGUUAUUGAGGAACUGGAACAAGUUACCCAUGGAGUACAAACCUGCCUUGCCGAUGCAUGGCCCAAGCUGGCUGGGUGCUGUGCUCUUCCUUGGGGUACAGCUCCGAGCACUGUGGCCUGUGGCAGCCAUGGAAGUUCAUACUUCCAAGGAGGUGAAUGCUGUAAAUGGCACUAACCUGCGGUUGAAAUGCACCUUUUCCAGCAGCAGCCCUAUCAGCCAGCAUCUGUCGGUGACCUGGAACUUCCAGCCUGAGGACCUAGGCUCUCAUGAGCUGGUAUUGUAUUACCUGCAGGAGCCCUACAACCUGCCUUCUGGACGGUUUAAAGAGCGAGUCACCUGGGAUGGGAAUAUUGAGCGUAACGAUGCUUCCAUCAUGAUCUGGAAUUUGCAGCCCACUGACAAUGGGACAUUCACCUGCCAGGUGAAGAACCCACCCGAUGCUAACGGGGUGGUUGGUGAAGUGCGACUCAGAGUUGUGCAGAAAGUGCACUUCUCAGAAAUCCACUUCCUGGCUGUGGCCAUUGGGUCUGCUUGUGUUCUGAUGAUCAUUGUGGUGGCGGUUGUGAUUAUCUGUCGACACCAUAGGAAGAAAGCACAAGAGAAGAGGAUCGAGGUGACAGGCACUGAACUUAAGGAAAAGGAGAGUCUGAAGGCGAGAGAAGAAAAGGAAGAGAGUCCAUUAGAAGAUUAGGGGUCUUUGAUGGUGUAUAUGCUGCAGGUACUUCUAAGGCAGAUGCAGAAACCUUGUAAUUUUGGACGUUAGAACAAAGCUGAAUUCCAGAUGCCUCAUGCUGGGAGCGUGGUGUCCCCGCUCAACCUGAAAUUCUGGCACGGAAAGAGAAUGACAUUAAGGCCACUUGUAAAACUCCUUCAUUGAAGCAAAGCAGGAGGAACUUGCUCCAUGAACAAGGAACUUUCCUUCAUCCUCACACCUGCAGAACGUGAUGAGGUCUGCUCUGAUACAGUGCCAUGAGACUGGAGCAGAACACCGAGCUACCUGAGCAGAGAUGCUCAAAGUGCAUCGCACCUUAGGACUCACAAGGUGCCUUUGUGUGGCCUGGUUUUCCUCCCUCAAAAUCCUGUCUGACAUGGUCUAUGUGAAGAGGAGCCAGUUGUACAGUGUAGCUUAAAUCCCUUUGCCACUUCAGAUGGGAAGCAUUACACAUUACACUUUGGGAAUGUACGGUGUUCUAUUUAGGAUAACAUUUACCGGCUGGUGUGUGUUUUGUAUCAGUCCCUUGCAGCUUCUGAGGAUGCUGCCUCCUGCCAAAGCUCCAACUGCAGAGCUCUUACAGUAUUCAAACAGCACCAAGUCAAACAUCAGCCUGUUUGUUUUAAGAGUAUCUUUAUGACUUUAUACCGCUAUGUGUAAUGUGCUGGCCGCAUUAUCUGUCUGUAUGUUGUCAUUGUCAAUCUCCCGUGUUACCAAUAAAUGCGGCCGGUGGAGAGCA